AUGGAGCAAAACGAAAGCGACGAAUUGCUUAACCUACAGAUAAGCGGAAAGGAGCCUCCCCACGACGACCACCACACAUGUAAAGAAAUAAAAAUCAUUAGAAACAUAAAAAAUAUGUCUGGCACGAAUUCUCUUAACUAUGAAAGUGUGAAGGGGGAGAUCAAAAUUAAUAUGAACGGCAAGGUGAAAUUGGUUCAAAGUUGUGCAAGAGAAAAUUACCCCAAUGGGGGGAACAUACCAACAAUAGACUACAUGGAACAUACGGGAUGCAAAAUCAAAGAGACUAGUAACGAUAUUAGAAUGAAGCAAAGUAAAUGGAAAACUCUGUUUGGUAAAAUCAGAGCGUGUAGUGGAAAACGAGCUAAACAGACGAAUCAGUCCAAUCCAAAGGAAAGCAACGAGAUAAAUCUGCCCUGUGUAGAGAAAGAAAGAAGAAACCGCUAUGUAAGAGGUGACACAACUGAUGGAACCAUUAAAAACAUGAGACAGCUCCGCGUCGAUCUGCAGUUGUUCCUCAGAAAUGCGAAGCACCUUAACGAAGCCCUCGUCAAAAGAGACACUCUCCAGUCCAAUCAAAUUAAAAAGGAAAACUUAAACAUAGGUGAAGAAAAUGUUAUGACCACAGAUAAGGAUCUCCCCCACUGUGCAGGUAAUGCGGCCAAAGAAUUCAUAAAGAAUGAACAAUAUGCAGGGAAAGGAGAAAUGGACAGAGAGAAGCCACAAAAUGAGACCCAUCAGCAGUACAGCCAAAGUUUUACGCAAAGCGAGGGGGAGACUCUCCAAAUGGCUACAAAGGAACUUCAAAAUGAAUCCUCACUUGGUUGUUACCAAGAUAGGGUUGCCACUGGGGAGGGGACUAAUACUAACCCUGUGAAUAAACCCAAUUCGGGGCUCGUGGGUAACCAAAAAAGGAGCGAAAGGAAGUGCAGACAAAGGAACAAAAAUCGCAACAGGCGCACCCUCAGGAGUGGGAGUGAUGGCAAUAACGUUGGAGGAGCUCCUCACGUAAGGAAAAGAAUUAAACGGGACAUUUAUUCCGAUACGCCACUCAGAAGAAAUGGCGAGCAGACCUGCAAGGAGAGCGCAGGAGGGGUGAAGAAGCUCCCCCGAAGUAGCAGCAGUGGGAGCCGAGGAAGCAGGGGAAACAAAGAAAGCGGAGGCAACCAAGGCAACAGAGACGACGGAGAUAACCGGGACAAUCCGGACAGCCGAGGCAUCCGAAACAGCCGAGGCAUCCCCGGAAACCCCCUCUACGACCACGCCGAAGACAUUAUUGACAGGGUUAACCUAAACGGGACGCAAACUCGCGCGGACCAGAGCAGCACCAACAAAAGUGACCCCCCGAAAAAAAAAAAAAUCAGUGUUCACACCAAACGGGCGCACAACAUAAAAGACAUAAUCGACAGAAGCGUUUUAACAAAUUUUAUUAAGUGCGUUAAUAAGAAAUACAUGAACGGAAGGAAAAAUGAGCCCAAUAAAAUUCCACCACAGGAGAGGAAUGGAAAGCACGAUAAGGGGAAGUUACUACCUGUAUGCACUCGAAUGUGUUCGAAAAGGGGAGUGACUUAUGAAAGGAAAGAGGGAGACCAUCUUGAGGCCGCCGAGGAUGAUGAAGAUAACGCGGAUGGUCCUCAUGGCCAUUCUGAGGAGGAUGACCGGUGUGUGCGGGAUGGCCAGUCUGUGCAGGAUGACCCCUAUGAUGAGGAGAGACACCACCAUGGAGGUGACUCUAAUGUGCGAACCGCCCCGUAUGACCGCCGCUACACCGCUGAAAUGGAGAAGACGAAGAAUCCAUCCAAAAGAGACGCCAUAACUCAGGUUCGCCUGAAUAAGGCAAAGGAUGAUCCAAAAAGAGCACCCAAAAACAGAGACGCCUCAGGCUAUGUGGAAAGCGGCUUCGCCAAUUGUCCUAUCACAUCUGCCACUGGCGCCAAAACGAUAUGCAGCAUGGUGAAUAGGGUCACACAAAUGCAAAACAGGUUCAUCCAAUUGAGCAGCUUUAAGAAUGAACCUUGUAGACAUUCGGGAAGCGACUACAAUGAUAAGCUUGCCACACAGGAGGAAGGAAAUCCCUGCAGAGAAGCUAUUGUAGAAAGGAAGGAAUCAAAUAAAAAUGUUUCCAUGGAAACGGAGAAGGCAAACCCCAAUUUAGCCUCUAGACACAGUUAUGAAGAUGAGUCUUCUGCUCUUAUUAGGAAGUACCAGGAGCUUCUCCUUCAGAAUUUUUCCAAGCCCCGCCAUGUAGAGAAGAAAAAAUCUGAAAAAUGCAGGUAUUGCGUUUUGCACAUUCUGAACCAGCACAGGGGGGAAGACGGGGACGGGCAAUGUGGGGGCCAGAGUGGGAACCAGAGUGGCGACCAGAGUGGUAACCAGAGUGGUAACCAGAGUGGUAACCAGAGUGGUAACCAGAGUGGUAACCACAGUGGCAACCAGAGUGGUAACCACAGUGGGAGGAAACGUGGGAGACAACGUGAUGGUCUUCCUUGUAAGGAUGGGCAACAGCGUGCGAUACAGCAUGCGGUGCAAUGCACCGUCCAUACCGCCGCGACCAACGCCGGCAUCUACCAAGACAUCGCACACAUAGGCGAUCUCACCAAGAGCUUCAAAGGAAAUUACGAGUCUUUGAAAAAUUACCUGAACAAUUUAAACAAGAAGAAAAAAAACGUUCAUGAUGACCUUCUGAACCUUUACUGUUAUGCGUACAUAAGGCAAUGCGCCGUUAAUAGCGACAAGGCCGCAGAUGGGGGCGAUGGCGCUCUUACCGGGGAAGAAAAAAAUAAGGGGAAGCCGAGCGAUGGAACUCUUCCCAACAAUAGGAACAAUCAUUAUGGCAGAGAUAAAAGGGACUUAACGAGUGGUUAUUUUGUGAAGGCAAACACCAGAGAGAGGGGAAAAAGUACCACCUCCAAUUUGUCCAAGGAAGAGAGUCUCUCUCCCCCCCUUCGCGUUAACGACAAAGAUACUGUCGAUGCACAAAAUGGAGAAAUUAGAAAAAUUCUAUGCAGAUACUACAACUAUUUGAAGCUAAAAAAUUACAUCAUCCCUUAUAAUAUAUACGACAAUUGCAGGGGGGUGGCCAAGAAGGAGAGCAACCCCAGUGGGGGUAGACCAAAUGAUGAGCUUGGCAGAAAGGAUAAGAUUGACCAAAACGAUGAGAGCAAUGAUAAAUGUAGAAACAGCCAAAGCCAUGCAACCCUAGAAGAGGAUCUCAUAAACAUAUCGUACAAUUUCAUCACAGAACAUAGAGGUCCAAAUAAGAACCUAACCUAUGACCACUUCUGCAAUUUUCACAGAAGACAAUUUUUAAAAAAAAGGACAAACCAUAUUUUAAAUAAAACAGAUGCAACUGACACCAAAAAAUGGGAUAAGCCGAAGCAGAAGUGCAGUGACUACACCACCCGGCUAAUGCGCAGUUACACCAUUUAUGAUGGUCAUCACACCAAGAACCCUUGUAGGAAGAAAAAUAACGGAAGCCAUUUCUACCUCUUUAAAUAUUUAAUAGAGAAUCUGAACCGAGAAGAACUCCAAAAGUUGAUGCUCUGUCAAUGCUGUUAUGUUCUAAAAAAAAUUGAAAAUAAAAUGACUCCCCUGGAUGUGAUUUUAGAUACCCAAAUUCUGUUUCAUGACUGUAAUAGGUACUUUAAGAACCAGGGGUGGGUGGAUAACGAUGGGAUUCCUCAGGAGGGGACAAAUCUGGGAACGCACAAUAUAGAGAAGGACAACCGCACCGAUACCACAACCAAUCUCCGUGGUAAUGACCAAUUUUAUGCCCUGCGUAGCAACGAGCUUGAGAAAUUCCACAACGGGGUCACCACCAAUGGGGGAAAAACUCACAACAGAAGAGCGACCCCCACGAGGGGUAACCCGUCCGAGGGUAGCCACGAUGGCGGCAGUGGAGGUGGCAAUGGAAGCGGCAUUGGAAGGGGCAGUACGAACAAUUGCCUCACAACCAAAUGCCGCACCAAAAGUGGCUGCUCCAACAAGGGACACACCAUCACCAGCAGAAACAACACAAGCAGAAGAAGCAGAAUGAACGGAAGCGGCGUCCACGUCUACAAUUUGGAGAACCACCAAGUAUCCAUGACCUCCACGAUGGCGUCCAUGAGCUGGCAAGGAAAAGCAUUCGCAAAUGAAAAAAAUAGGAACCAAGCAAAGUGCAACGAAGAGGGCAACGAAGAGGGCAAAAGGAAAAAUGACAAAGGGAGAAAUAAUCAGCUAGCUGGAAAAGCAGAAAAGGAAAAUAAAGAAAAAGUGAAGAGGGGCCAAAAGGCACGAGGUAGCAUAGACCACACCAAAUUCGAACACGCAUUGUUUAAAAUAGCCAGCCGAAAAUUGAGGGACCUACAAAGGCAGGGGAAAAACAUCUACACCAGGGGCAAACAGAUCGGCGACGCCCCGCAGGAAGCAACAGCGGAGUGA